GAUGAAUCCAUAAAUAUAGUACUAUAGUGAAUCAGACUGUGAAGCAAUUGAUUAGUCAAUUUGUCAAUCCUUUGGAGGAUUCUUUGAUGAAAACAGUCAAAUUAACAAGUAAUCUAUUAAAUUCAAUAUUAAGACCUUAAUCUAUUGAUGAUUAAUUUGAAUAGAUUAGUGCACCUAAUUCUGUCUAAUUUUCAACAUAAUGUUCAUCAACAGGAGAAAAGGAUCAUAAAAGUGAAAUAGAAGAAAUUGUAGAUGAUUUGAAAUGUUCUGAGUUAGAUCCUAAUGAAGUGAAGUCAUUUUAACCUUAGAUUAAAUGUUAAUGUAGUAAAUCAUAGUGUCAACAAAGUUAUUGUGAAUGUUUUGCAAGAGGUAAGACAUGUGGUAAACACUGUGGUUGUUAAAACUGUUAGAACAAAUAAAUGAAUAGGAAAUUAGAGAAGAUUUAGAAGAGACUAAUUAAAUAAAAAAGAAAUAAAUAAAGAACACCAAGAUAUUUAAAGGGAUGUACUUGUGGAAAAUCAAAGUGUUAGAAUAAAUUUUGUAGUUGUCAUUAAGAUGGAAAAUAUUGUAAUUCUGGAUGCAAAUGUGUGGAUUGUAAAAAUAUGUACAAUUUUUGUUUGAAGAUAUUCCCAUAUAUAGAUUAUGUGGAAUCAAAUUAGAUGGAAUCUAAGAAUGUUGUAUAAUUUAUAAUUGGAAAUGAAAAUAGUGAUAAAUUUCAGAUCUUCAAUAAAUAUUUAAAAAAAAGUGAUAUUUGA